CUAAUAAUCGAUUGCAUUUUUUUUUAAUUUAAUUCAUAAAAAUUAAAUUUGAUCAAUAAAAUAAAUAAUAAUAAUAAUAAGCAAACAGUUGCCCUAACAGGAACAGGCAGCCUAGCCGUACAUCUCCCCACGCGCUGAAACAGCGCGUGCAUUUAUUCACAUUUCAAAGUUAAUAUGAACGAUUUUAAAUUGGAAUAAUCGCCGGCUGCUGCUGUUGAUAUGCUGUUAUGGUUGGAUGGAUGUCGAAUAACGUCCUGCUCUGAACUCUCGCUCAAUUUCACGUACAAAUACAACAAUUUCUCCCCAAAUGCGGGCACCCUAUCAAUUCCGAAUCUCUCGUUUUUCCACCAUAUUCGAUUGACGCUGCAGUCCUGAUUUGUUUGGGGGAGUGCUGCUGUGCGUAAUGUACCCAAGAACACGUUUUGUGAUUGUUCGGGAUCUCAUCUCAGAGAGAGAGAAACAGAGAGAGAGACAAAGAGAGAGACAUACUUUAAUUGUGUAUACCGACGUAUAGGGAUUCUUCUAUUUGGACGUUUCGAUUCCUCUCCAUCUCCCUUUGUCGCCACUCCACGUUCGAUCAAUAGAUUCUCAAGAAAUUGCUGUUUGAGGUCUGCUUUAGGCAUUGCGAGUCGUGUAUUUGGAUCUGAUGCAAGCAAUGAGAUGUAAUCGGCUGGUUCUUUGAAAUGACCUGUGAUGCAUCUUCUCUAGAUGAAGUCAUCUAAGACCUGGCGUCUAGGCGUGAAAGACUCGCCAAUUUUGGCAAUGCCUCGACAGCGUGGGCAAUUAAGGAAACCUAACUGGAUUAUCAUAUUGAUUUCUUUAGUCAGCUUGUUCCUAGUUUGUGCAUAUAUUUAUCCUCCACAAAGCUCAGUGUCAUGUUAUAUAUUCUCAUCAUCUCAUGGCUGCCAGUCAACCGAAAAUUGGCGUCCUCCUAUACCGACCAGGGAACUCACUGACGAUGAAUUUUCUUCCCGUGUUGUUAUAAGAGAGUUGUUGGGAAUGCCGCCUACUGCUUCAAUGACUCCCAAGAUUGCCUUCCUGUUUCUGACACCUGGUCCAUUGCCAUUUGAGAAGUUAUGGGAUCGAUUUUUCCAGGGGCAUGAAGGUAGAUUUUCAGUGUACGUGCACGCAUCCAAAAACAAACCUGUCCAUUUUAGCCGUUAUUUUAUCAACCGGGAGAUUCGUAGCGAUACGGUAGAAUGGGGGAAGAUCUCAAUGGUGGAUGCUGAAAGAAGGCUAUUGGCAAAUGCAUUAAAUGAACCCGACAACCAACACUUUGUACUAUUAUCCGACAGCUGCAUCCCGCUUCGUCAUUUUGACUAUGUGUACAAUUAUCUCAUGUACACAAACAUUAGCUUCAUAGAUUGCUUUGAGGACCCUGGUCCACACGGAAGUGGUAGGUAUAUCGACUACAUGCUACCUGAAGUUGAGAAGAGGGACUUUCGAAAAGGUUCACAGUGGUUUACAAUGAAACGGCGACAUGCUCUUAUAAUAAUGGCUGACGGUCUCUACUAUCGUAAAUUCAGGGAACAUUGCCGGCCGGGUAUGGAGGGAGGGCGCAACUGCUACUCCGAUGAACACUAUUUGCCGACAUUUUUCCAUAUGCUCGAUCCCUCUGGAAUCGCCAAUUGGUCAGUGACAAAUGUCGAUUGGUCCGAAAGAAAGUGGCAUCCGAAAUCAUACCACACACAAGACGUUACCUUCGAAUUGUUGAGAAAUCUUACAUCUAUUAGAGACAGUGUGCACGUCACCAGCGACCCCUCGGAAGAUGUUCAGAUUAGACCUUGCUUGUGGAAUGGAAGGCAACGGCCGUGUUAUUUGUUCGCUAGGAAAUUCAUGCCUGAAACUCUAGAAAUUCUACUGAAACUCUUCCCCAACUAUACAUCCAUUUCACUGGGUUGAGGGCUUCGGCAUUGCCUCAUUGAUCGAUUCCCUAUCGCUGCAUUCGAUCAGGUGCGUAGCUACUUCUGUUGUAGAUCACCUCCCGCACGGUAUAUAGGAUUAAAAUGCUCCCCGAAGAUGGCUUCUUUCUCAGAAGCUGACCUCUAAUAAAAAUGAAGGUCUCCCCAUUGUUUGCUUCCUCUGAGACAAUUAACCGAUGUUUAAAUAUUUAUAGUAUUUAUAUAUGCCCGGCUCGGGACAGCAGCCUAGCGAAAGUCGCUGGCGUGUCCCUGACGAGCGAGCCACAGUUUUUGUUUUCCUCUUUGUUGAAUUAACUUAUCACAAAUGCGGCUGACGUGAUAUAGAUAUAGUGAAUAGUGUAGUCGCGAAGCUUGUCAUGUUGUAUGAAAGAACUUUCUACAUGGCGUUCGAUGUGUUUUUUUUGUAAUAAUAAUGUACUUUGGCUGUUCAGUUA